AUGCCGGAAACUCUACUGACGGCAUGGCUGCGCAAGCCCACCGUCGUCGCCGCCUCCACCUCGCUUCCGCAACCUCCGCAGAAAUCCUACGCCACGGCCGCCGCACCCGAGCUCCCACUCAUCAAACGCGACAAAACCUCCUCCUACACGCCCGCGGCCCUCCCGCUCGCCCUCGCCUCCGAAGACGCCCCGCCCUCCGCGCCCCCAGCUCCCCCAGGAAAGCCCAACAAACCCCCCUUCUCCGCCCUCCGCCCCCUCCCUCCCAACAUCACCCUCGUCCCGCCCCACACCUCCCUCCUCCCCGCCUUCAAACUCCUCAACCAGUCCCUCUUCCCAAUCCCCUACCCAGCCAGCUUCUACGCCGAAACCGCCGCUGACCCCGUCACGGCCUCCAUCACGCUCUUCGCGCUAUGGCACCGCGAGCCGCCCGCCUCGACCGAAGUCGCCGCGCUGCUCACGCGCGUCUCUGCGCCUCCUCCCGCUUCCAGCGCCUCCUCCGCCGUCGACCCCCCACCGCCGCCAACCCUCGUCGGCGCCGUCCGCUGCCGCCUCGUGCACCCGGGCGAGAAGAGCGCGGACGCCGUGCGGCUGGGGCCGGGCGACAAGCCGACGCUGUACGUGGCGACGCUGUGCGUGCUGCCGACGUACCGCGAGCACGGGUGCGCGUCGCAUCUGGUGGCGCGGGUGGUGACCAAGGCGGCGCGCGAGCACGGCGUGGGCAGCGUGACGGCGCAUGUGUGGGAGGCGAAUGCCAAGGGGCGGGAGUGGUAUAAGCGGCGCGGGUUUGUGGAGCAGGGGCUUGUCGAGGGGUAUUAUCGACGGCUGAGGCCGAGUGGGGCCGUGUUGGUGAAGAGGGUGGUUGGGGUGCAGGAUUUGGUGGGGGUGUGA